UGUGGUUGAUAGUGGCGCUACCGCCCAGUAGUUGUGCUGAAAAAGUAGUUGCGUCUGUGGUUUUAGGGUCACUGCAGCCCUUGAUUUAUGUUCUGUGUUGAAGAGUGUGUGUGUCUGUGUCUGUGGGUGUGUGUGUGUAGGAGUUGUAGCUGCUGUGGGGAGAGGUGACCAGUUACUAAUCAUGAGGUUUUACUCAUUGCAUCACAUUCAAGGAUAAGCUUGUGGCAGUGGCAAAGACUUUGAGGGGGAAAGGCUGAUUUUUCUGGCCUCCUGGGACUGUGAAGAGCGUUAGUACGUCACCUUGGAAGGCAUCAGGAAUCUUGGCCAUGAAGAAGCAGGUGGAGAUAUUGCUGAUGCUGGAUGGGGACCAGGCCAGUAGCAGUUAAUGCUGGCCAUGUUUCCACUUGGCCAUAGGGCCAGGGAAGCCCACUGUUUGAAGGCAGGCCACUGUUUGAAGGCAGGCCACUGAGUUGUCUUGGUAGAGCCUGUUGUAGGACCUGGCUGUGUCUUGUUGCCCUUUUUCAGUUGGAGUUUCAUUUAUCUUGUCCUUUAAUACCAGUUUACUUCAACAUGCGAGUUAGGAAUAAUGUUUGCAACAUGUCUGUGCAGUCGCUGCUUUGUGAAAGAAUUGCUGUUGCCAAAGACUUGAUUAAGAGAGCGGAAGCCCUUUCCAAGUCCCAGAAAAGGAGAAUAGAAGGUGGGGCAAAGCUAUGUAGCAAACUGAAGGCUGAGCUAAAUUUCUUACACAAGGUGGAGGCAGGGAAAGUGGCCAUUAAAGAAUCCCAUCUGCAGAGUACAAACCUUACCCACCUCCAAGCCAUUAUUCAGUCAGCAGAGAACCUGGAGGAUGUUGUCAGUGUCCUCCACGUCUUUGCUUACGAGGACAGGUUUGGAGACAAGCAGACACUGGUGGUAGAUGUCGUUGCAAACGGAGGUCACACGUGGGUGAAGGCCAUCGGUCGCAAAGCUGAGGCCCUGCAUAACAUCUGGCUGGGAAGGGGCCAGUAUGGUGACAAAAGUGUCAUUGAGCAGGCAGAGGACUUCCUGCAAGCAAGCCGUCAGCAGCCCGUGGAGUACAGCAAUCCCCACAUCAUCUUUGCAUUCUACAACAGCGUGUCCAGUCCUAUGGCAGAGAGGCUCAAGGAGAUGGGGAUAUCUGUGAGAGGAGAUGUUGUUGCUGUGAACUCACUGGUGGAACCAUCUGCAGAAAACGAGCACCUUGACACCAGUGAAUCAGAUGAAGAAGGCUCUGAACUCCUGCAGGUGACCAGGGUAGACCGGGAGAAUUUAGUGGCCAGCAUUGCUUUCCCUACCCAGAUCAAAGUAAACGUCUGCAAUAGAGUUAAUUUGGACAUCACUACCUUAAUAACCUACGUCUCUGCGCUGAGCUAUGGUGGCUGCUACUUUGUCUUCAAGGAAAAAGUGCUGACAGAACAAGCAGCCCAAGAAAGAAGGGAGAGAGUCCUGCCUCAGCUGAAGGAGUUCAUGGAAGGAAAAGAGCUCUUUGCCUGUGAAUCUGCUGUCAGAGAUUUCCAGUCCAUCUUGGAAACGCUGGGAGGACCUGGAGAGAAAGAGCGAGCUGCAUUGCUUGUUAAAAGAAUUAACGUGGUGCCAGAUCAGCCCUCGGAACGUGCCUUAGGACUCGUGGCUAGUUCAAAAAUCAACAGCCGCUCUUUAGCCAUUUUUGGGACAGGAGACACUUUGAAAGCCAUCACCAUGACUGCAAAUAGUGGGUUUGUGAGGGCAGCAGCAAAUCAAGGAGUCAGGUUUAGUGUUUUUGUCCAUCAGCCACGAGCAUUGACAGAAAGCAAAGAAUCUUUAGCCACACCUCUACCAAAGUGCUGCCCAUCUGAUAACGGAGUGUAACUCAUUAAAUGAGUUAGCAAUGGAAAAUACUGCAGCUGCUGCAGUGGAGGCAUUUGGAGAAACAGAAGAGUCAUAGCAAUACAGUUUUGGGUGUGUGUCAAUGGUGACAGCAGCUAGCAGUGGAAGAGCUCCUCAAGGGAUUUGUAAUAUCUUUACUACUUCCUUGAGGUUAUUUUUUGUCCAGCUGACCAUUAAUUUAUUCACUAAAGUAAUAACAAGUCAAUGAAAAUUUUUAACUGGCUUACAGUGCAUUAAUUGUAUCCAUCCCCAUUAAAAAGUUCAGUUAAAGCACA